AUGAGUACUGAUGAAAACGAUCCACUUUUACAAGCAUUGAAUGCAGACCAAGAAAACACUAACAACGAAAAUGAACAACAAGAAAAUGAAACCAACGAAACAAAACCUUCAGAACCAAUUGAUCCAGAAAGAGAAAGAGCACUCCUGAAAUUUAAAGAUAAAUUAUUAGAACAUAGAAAAUGGGACUCAAGAUUAAAAGAUUUAAGAUUAAGUAUACGAGAUUUAGAGAAAGACUAUGAUAAAACAGAAAAUGAUAUAAAAGCAUUACAAUCAGUAGGUCAAAUAAUUGGAGAAGUAUUGAAACAAUUAGAUGAUGAAAGAUUUAUCGUAAAAGCAUCAAGCGGUCCACGUUAUAUAGUUGGAUGUCGAAAUACCAUCAAAAAAGAAAAUUUAAAAAAUGGUGUAAGAGUUUCAUUAGAUAUGACAACAUUAACUAUAAUGAGAAUAUUACCAAGAGAAGUUGAUCCAUUAGUUUAUAAUAUGACAACAUUUGAACCAGGUGAGAUAUCCUUUAAUGGUAUUGGUGGUUUAACAGAUCAAGUAAGAGAGUUACGUGAAGUGAUUGAAUUACCUUUAAAAAACCCAGAACUUUUCAUAAGAGUUGGUAUAAAACCACCAAAAGGUGUAUUACUUUAUGGUCCACCAGGUACAGGUAAAACUUUAUUAGCAAAAGCAGUUGCAGCAACAAUUGGAGCAAAUUUCAUAUUUUCACCUGCUUCAGGUAUAGUUGAUAAAUAUAUUGGUGAAAGUGCUAGAUUAAUUAGAGAAAUGUUUGCAUAUGCAAAAGAACAUGAACCUUGUAUCAUAUUUAUGGAUGAAGUUGAUGCAAUUGGUGGUCGUAGAUUUAGUGAAGGUACUUCAGCAGAUCGUGAAAUACAAAGAACUCUCAUGGAAUUAUUAAAUCAAAUGGAUGGGUUUGAUACUUUGGGACAAACUAAGAUCAUUAUGGCAACAAAUAGACCAGAUACAUUGGAUCCAGCGUUACUAAGAGCUGGUAGAUUAGAUAGGAAAAUUGAAAUACCAUUACCAAAUGAAGCAGGAAGAUUAGAAAUUUUUAAAAUUCAUACAGCAAAAAUAUCAAAACAUGGAGAAUUUGAUUUUGAAGCUGCAGUUAAAAUGAGUGAUGGGUUCAAUGGUGCUGAUAUAAGGAAUGUAGUAACAGAGGCUGGAUUUUUUGCAAUAAGGGAUGAUAGAGAUUAUAUUAUACAAAACGAUUUAAUGAAAGCUGUAAGAAAAGUUGCUGAUAAUAAGAAAUUAGAAGGUAAAUUGGAUUACGAAAAAUUAUAA